GUUGGCAUCGCCAUCACUGAUCUUUCCAAUCGCAUGCCGAGGUUUGGACCAGAUCAUGUCUAGCGAGUCUGCGGAUUACAACAGCUCAAGAGAUAGAGACCAUGGGGGGCCAGAGGGAAUGGAGCCUGAUGGUGUCAUCGAGAGCAAUUGGAAUGAGAUUACGGACAACUUUGAUGAUAUGAACCUGAAAGAGACUCUCCUCAGGGGAAUAUAUGCAUAUGGUUUUGAAAAACCAUCUGCCAUCCAACAGAGGGCAAUUAUUCCUUGCAUCCAAGGCCACGAUGUUAUUGCCCAAGCCCAGUCAGGCACUGGCAAGACGGCUACAUUUGCCAUUUCUAUCUUGCAGCAGCUGGACAUAGAACAGAAGGAGACCCAAGCUCUGGUUUUGGCUCCAACCAGAGAACUGGCUCAGCAGAUCCAGAAAGUGAUUCUGGCAUUGGGUGACUACAUGGGGGCAUCCUGUCAUGCCUGCAUUGGGGGGACCAAUGUGCGGAACGAAAUACAGAAGCUACAGGCUGAGGCUCCACACAUUGUUGUGGGCACACCGGGGCGUGUGUAUGACAUGCUGAACAGGAGACAUCUGUUCCCAAAGUGGAUCAAGAUGUUUGUCUUGGAUGAAGCUGAUGAGAUGUUGAGUCGAGGAUUCAAAGACCAGAUUUAUGAGAUCUUCCAGAAACUGAGCACCCACAUUCAGGUGGUCUUGCUAUCUGCUACCAUGCCACAAGACGUGUUGGAGGUGACCAAGAAGUUCAUGCGGGAGCCUAUUCGUAUCUUGGUGAAGAAAGAAGAACUUACCCUUGAGGGUAUCAAGCAGUUCUACAUAAAUGUAGAACGAGAGGAGUGGAAGCUGGACACCCUGUGUGAUCUCUAUGAAACGCUCACGAUCACUCAGGCUGUCAUCUUUCUCAACACAAGAAGAAAAGUCGACUGGUUGACUGAGAAGAUGCACGCUCGAGAUUUCACAGUCUCUGCUUUGCAUGGUGAUAUGGACCAGAAGGAGCGUGAUGUGAUAAUGAGGGAGUUUAGGUCUGGCUCGAGCAGAGUGUUGAUCACCACUGACCUUCUGGCUCGUGGUAUUGAUGUCCAGCAGGUUUCCCUGGUCAUUAACUAUGACCUUCCUACCAACCGAGAGAACUACAUCCACAGAAUUGGUCGUGGUGGUCGUUUUGGCAGAAAAGGAGUUGCCAUCAACUUUGUGACUGACGAAGACAAGAGGAUUCUUCGAGACAUUGAGACGUUUUACAACACAACCGUGGAGGAGAUGCCCAUGAAUGUGGCUGAUCUGAUUUGAGUCCGACAUUUGAGAUCAUUUUUUUAAUGCAGUGAUAGCGAUCGUCCACUUGCAUUGUGCUUAUUAUUCGAGGGGGAAAAAACUUCUCAAUGCUAAAGCUUGGAUCGGGUUUUUGGUGUGCAUUUAAAAGCGAGGUGAUUUCUAUGGUGGUCCCUCUAGGACAGUUGUAGAUUCUAACCUCGAUGGUUGGUUGGAGCUACAAAGCUAUGGAGUCUGAAAUCAUGAAAGUUAUUUUCAUGUAUAUCUUUCCUUGGUCAAUUAAAAUGCGUGUAUUUGAUGUUCUCCAACAUUUAGUAAUUUACUUGUGGACUAAAAGGUAUAAGUGCUGUAUAAAGUCUGCAAACUAUGUUAUGCUAACAUAUAUGCGGUAUGGUUUUGGUCUGCUUAACGGACACAUGUCAUGUUAUAUUGUAGGUUCACUUGCUUUUGUUAUCUUUUGUGAAUGCAUUAAUUUAAAUGUAUUUUUAUCCCACUUGCUUAAUGAGAAUUCCUCACUGGUUGGUUAUAUUUUGCUGAUGUGGUUUUACCCUGCUGUUUUUCCCCUGGAAUACUUUUCAGAAUUCCUUCUAGAAUUGUAUGAAUGUCUUAAUAAACUGAAAUUACAAGUAAA